AACGGAUAACAAGUCGGAAAUGUACGAGUUCCCUAGUUCCGAUUAGCAUUUGAACGCGGCAUCAGUCUAUGCGUGACGCUGACAACUUUUCACUUUUCUCGAAAUGCAAAGUACGACCAUACUUCAGUGGUGACGACCUUAUUUUGAACAAACCGACAACCCGAUAUAGUAUUGUCAUGGAGGGAACACCCGUGGAGGUGCUUGGCGUCCCCGACGAUAUCCUUGCCUCUGUUAGAAUGGUUGACAAGCUCACAAUACACUUCCAACGACCAGGGAACGGGGGAGGAGAGGUAAAGAGAGUACAGUUUCCAUCCUACAGCCCAGGACAGGCCUUUGUCAUAUUUGAGGAUCCAGAAGUGGCUGCACGUGUGUUGCAGCAGACCCAUGUCUUAGAAGUGGAUGGGCAACACUUUCCUCUUAAAGUCAGGAACGCUGACAUGCCUGAGGUGGACAUGCCAGUCAAGGCCGAUCUGGAUGUGAGCAUGUUCUCCAAGGGCAGUGAGGAGGUGCUCCAGACUGUGAACGAGAUUCCCCAGCUACCCAUUCAGGGCUCCUUUCAGAAGUUCACUGCAGUGAAGGCCCAACUGCAGCAGGUCUUACCCCAGGACACAAACACCCUGCGCCACAGCAGCCCUUCGCCAUCCAGUCUCAAUAGCCAUGCCUCUGGGGCCAUUUCCAAAUCCUCAAUCCGCUGCAACCCAUUUCCCAGCCCACAAGCAACAGAGUAUGUUGGGGACAACUUGACCCAUAUGAGGAACACAUCCCCCAAACCAGUGGAACCCAUCUCCCAGGCCCCAUCUUGCAGUGAGGUCUUCCUCAUAACGGACGCAGAUGUGCUCCGUUAUGCCCAGUGCGUCAGGAAAAAGGACAUUGAUUCCAUUCUUGGAGGCCACACAACUCAAAUGGAUGUUAAGCCAGCUGAAGGUUCAGACCUCUGCUAUGUUUUCCUUGAAGGGAAGAGUCCAGAGCGGGUUAUGGAAAAGCUGCAGGUUUUUCUCAACAAGCUUCAUUUAAGACUACGAACUCAAGAAAUCCCACUAUGGACACUCGAUCGCGACCGACAGGUUAGAAUUCAUGAACUGGUUCAGAAGUAUAAUAUAAUUUAUCCUACUGUCCUCGUCAAUCAGGUUGGAGAUCUCUUCCGCCUUGUAGGACCUUCCAAGGAAAGUUAUGAGAUGAAGCAGAGGCUCCUGGGAAAACCCAUAGACCUGCUACCAGCUGGGCUAACUGGGAGGGUAGUGGACAGCAGUGUCCAUGGUGCACCCAUCCCAUGGGCUCCUGGCCCUGUACCGGACCCUGUGUCUGCUACUGCACCAGAUUACUAGUAAAUUAACUACAUUUUGCAGUAGCUUGGUGGUAGUGGAACUAAAUUCAAAUCUAGAUAGUGUUUGCAGUAGUUCAUUACUUGUUGUCAUGUAGCAGUGUAGCUAACUACUGGAACUACACACUACGUUUUAGCCGUGUUGCCAACUACUCGAACUACACACUACAUUUUUGGCUAAAUAAGAUGAGUGAAGUAGGCCAUAAUUUCCAUUUUUGGGCAUCAGACCAACCCGUUUCUCACUUGAAACCUCGUUUUUGUGUUUAGGCUAAAUUACACAUUCUGUUAAUAUAUGACCCUAAAGUGAUCUCUUCUUGCAAUUUGUAGUCUGACAUUUCAGAUUUAGAUAUGAUCCGUUUUCACAAAGUAGUUUGGAUGUAGUGAACUACUUUUCAAAAUGACUGUAGUUAAGUAAACUAUUUUUCUUAACUUCUUCCAGUGUGAGGUAAUUGGUAGCUUGCUAAACUGUCUUUUCUGAGUAGUUUUCCCAACACAGAACAAUACCAGGGUGAGCCUGGCUCCCGUUCAUCCCAGGCAAAUCUAUCCUCUGUCCUGGUACCCAAAUGGUGGAACAAGCUUCCAUUUCUCCCUAAAAUCAGGACACUGCCCAUCUUCUGAAAACCCACCUCUUCAGUUUCUUUAACUAACACCCUUGUUGACACUGACACUACCACUACUCUUUUCUUACUAGCUUUGAUCAUUUAUUGAGGAAAAAUGUACUGACUAUGUCGGUGAUAUGUGGUUGUCUCACCUAAGAUAUCUUUAUGAUGGAUGCACAAACUGUGCAGUGACUCUGGAUAAGAGCGUGUGCUGAAUGACAAAAAUGUAAUGUUUAAUGAACACGGAAGGGUUGUAACAAGGGGCUACAGUAGGCGCUGUGCCCUCUACACCCAGAAGUCACUGAUUCCCCGGCUAAAAUAAAAGAGCACAGAGUUACACGGGAGGUCUUUAAGGCCAGAAAGGGCGGAUGAUGUGUUGGCGCCCUCUGCUGGAAGUCAAAUGCCAGUGUUGAAAAAUAAGUCAUUACUUCCAAAAAGUCCUACUAACACAAUAGAAUGGAAGAAUGUGCUUUCAAGCAAGAAAAAGCCCCUACCAGGUUACUAGUUUAGAUGAAGACACCUGUAAUUGGCCUGUUUAUUUCUUGAAUGUCUUUAAUUUCAUAAUAUGCUGUGGGGUAAAACAUUUCAAUUCACACGUAUACACAUUUUGUUAUGUAAGGUUUUUUCUUCUUGGACAAAUUGAUUUCUGUAUUUUCUAAUAUUUUCUUUCUCGUGAUACGAAUCUAUUCUAAAUGUGGUUUAUUUUUGUUUUGAGGGCAAUAAAAAUAUAUUAUAUUUGUGUAAA